GAUACGUACACGUGGUAUUAAUUAGACAUUGUAUUAUUAAAUGACGAUUUAUGAUAGCCAAGAUUGUAGUACUGCGACAAACAAGCAGGCUCGCCACGGUUUCAAAGAGCGCUAUUUCGGAAUAAGUAUUGCACCAAUCAAUUGUCUACUCGUUCUGACAGUCCAAGUCCUGACGAUAAUGGAAUCAAUCAGUCUCAUAGUUCUUUCAACAACAAUAGUACUUCCCAAAUGUUUACUCAAACCUUCGGUUCAGCUAGUUCGGUCAAUGAGUCGAACUGGAGUCCGAAUGCAACAACAUCCUCUAGCAAAUCAAAAUACAAUGGUGGAUAUUCAUCCAGCCACAAGGAUUUUAUAAAUUCAGGCAGGAACUUGGCACCUCCAGUCUUACCAUACAUACCGCCACCAACAUCUCCACCACCUGAUUAUCCUGGUUUAGAAUAUCCACCAGUAUUUGAACCUGGUACUUACUCUCUUUCGGAUGCAUCAUUGCUGCGUAAUCGUAACAAAAGUAGUAAGCAUACAAGCCAAUAACAUAAAAACCAAAUUUAUCUUUUUAAGCAACCAAAGAUAAUAAUUUCUUUGUAUCAAUAGAUCAUAAACAUAGACAUACAAUAGAAUUUAUUAUAAAUUAUAGAAGAUUAGUAGUCCGCUAUCAAAAUUAGUAUUUUAAAAUAAUCAUCCAUUUCAUAAUUCUACAAAUGUAUUAAACAUACUUACAUAGUUAUCGAAAUUAUGGAGAAUUAUUUAUUUUUCACUAAAGUGUGUAUUAAAGACGAAAUAUAUAUAUUUUUUAAUCAAACCGAAUAUAACAAUAAGGAAGACUGAACUAUAAAUAUUAUCUAAAAUCGUCUGUUAGAUACACAUUUGAGAUGUAUCUGUUUCAAAAUUAUUUUAAUAUUAUUUUAAAAAAUCAUAUAAAAUUUAAAAUAUUGACCUCGUUCUUGUUAAAAA